CGUCCCCGCGGGGGGCUUAGGAUGCCCGGGGCCCCUCACUGUGCGCGGUGCGCUCGGCGCCCAGCCCGGUUGCCAUGGCGCCCCCCGGCUCGGUGGCCGGAGAGAACGGGGGGCGGGGGGCCUGCGGGGCCCCGGACCCCCAGCUCGGGGAGGAGCAGCAGCAGCAGCAGCAGCAGCAGCAAGAGGAGGACGACGACGGGGCGGAGGCCGGACCCGCCCGCGAGGAGCAGCGCCCGGUGCAGCCGUCCCUCGCCAAGUCCCUGUGCCGCGAGUCGCACUGGAAGUGCCUGCUGCUCUCGCUGCUCAUGUACGGCUGCCUGGGGGCCGUGACCUGGUGCCGCCUGACCAAGGUGACCCGCCUGACCUUCAGCAGCGCCUACAAGGGCAACUCGCUCAUGUACCACGACAGCCCCUGCUCCGACGGCUACGUGUACAUCCCGCUGGCCUUCCUCCUCACGCUGUACGCCGUGUACCUGGUGGAGUGCUGGCACUGCCAGGCGCGGCGGGAGCUCCAGUACCGCGUGGACGUGGGCAGCGUGCGGGAGCGGGUGGGCCGCAUGCAGCGGGCCACGCCCUGCAUCUGGUGGAAGGCCAUCAGCUACCACUACGUCCGCCGCACCCGCCAGGUGACCCAUUACCGCAACGGGGACGCCUACACCACCACCCGGGUGUACCACGAGCGCGUCAACACGCACGUGGCCGAGGCCGAGUUCGACUACGCGCGCUGCGGCGUGCGCGACGUCUCCAAGGCCCUGGUGGGCCUCGAGCGGCCCCCGGCCACCCGCCUGCGCUUCACCAAGUGCUUCAGCUUCGCCAGCGUGGAGGCGGAGAACGCCUACCUGUGCCAGCGCGCCCGCUUCUUCGCCGAGAACGAGGGCCUGGACGACUACCUGGAGGCGCGCGAGGGCAUGCACCUGAAGAACGUGGACUUCCGCGAGUUCAUGGUGGCGUUCCCGGACCCGGCCCGCCCGCCGUGGUACGCCUGCCCCUCGGCUUUCUGGGCCGCGGCCCUGCUCACCCUGUCCUGGCCCCUGCGGGUGCUGGGCGAGUACCGCACGGCCUACGCGCACUACCACGUGGAGAAGCUCUUCGGCCUGGAGGGGGCCGGCCCCGGCCCGGGCGGGGAGGCCGACCCCCACGAGCCGGGCGGGCCGCCCCCGGCCCCCCGCCUGCCCCGCGUCAACACGGUGGACAGCACGGAGCUGGAGUGGCACAUCCGCUCCAACCGGCAACUGGCGCCCAGCUACUCGGAGGCGGUGCUGAUGGACCUGGCGGGCUUCGCGGCGGCCGGGGCCGGCGGGCCCUGCGGGCGCUACGGCCCCCCGACCCGGCGCGGCUGCGAGCGCUGCCACCGGGCCGUCAGCAGCUCGUCCAUCUUCUCGCGGAGCGCCCUGAGCGUCUGCGCCGGCCCCCGGGCCGGGCCGGCGUCCGGCGGCAGCCGCUUCUCGCUGGGCCGCCUCUACGGGUCCCGGAGGAGCUGCCUGUGGCGCAGCCGGAGCGGCAGCCUCAACGAGGCCAGCUGCCCCACGGAGCAGACGCGCCUCUCCAGCCAGGCCAGCUUGGACGACGACGACGACGACGACGGCGGCGAGGACGGGGCCCACGCCGGGGGCCCGCCCCCGCCCUACCAGGACGCCCUCUACUUCCCCGUGCUCAUCGUCCACCGCCACGACGGCUGCGGAGGCCACCGGCCCCUGCACCGCCACGGCUCCUGCGUGGAGACCUCGCUGUGACCCGCCUCUCGGUCACCCCGGCGGGGGCCGGGGCGGUCGGCCUCGUCCGGGGGACUGGCCCGUGGGAGGCCUCCGCGGAGAGAGCCCCCAG